AUGAACGAAUUGUACCAAGGGAUGGUGGUUUACGGCUACUUUACGAUGGAAGGAAUAGCGGAAGGUGUUUGGUAUUCCAAAACCCAAUCCCAGAGAAUCGCCACAGUGCGGAAUUUCCUGUAUGUUCAAGCAGGCAUCUCUGCUGCCGGGUUGAUGGGCAUUGUAGUCAAGUGCAGAUCUCUGAUACAAGUAGGGUAUCUAGCCCUACUCAUCUCACUGCUAUUUUCGGUCGCCUGGCUUGUGUUCGGGUGGAGUCUAAUCCCAGACCAGACAGUCGCCCUUGGUAUCACCAUGCCCAUAAAGCUCGCCGAGGUCUUUAGCAUUUAUUUCCUAGGUAAGACCCACGCGCACUUGCCGCACUCUUCCAUAGGGCUUAUAAUAGGACGGGCGGAAGAAUCGCUACGUAAAGAAGAAGCUCGGCUUCUCCGGCAGGCCUUGGCGGAGCACGAGGACCACAAGAACGACGAUUUCAUCCAUGACAUCAACCCCAUCUGA